CCCCCCUCCGCUGCCUCCGCACCAUGAGCGAACGGGAGGCUGGGGCGCAGCAUCCACGCCGGCGCCAGGUAGGGCUGCUCGCACUCCGCUUCUGCCUGCUCCUGCUGUGGACCAAAGAGAGCGCCGCGCUAGCGGACUUCUCAGGUAAGGCGACGGGGCGCCCCCUCCUCCUCCUCCUCCUCGCCUCCUUCCAGCCCGCGCAGGUCAGAUGCCCCAGGAGAGGGAGAGGUCUUAUCUCCGCAGCCUCGAGGUCCAUUCUGGCCACCAAGAAGUGGGAUACACGAAGAACACGCUGGGGGGGGGGGUCCCUCCGGAGGGCAGCGGUGACUGCUCUCUUCCGCACCAAGGGCUGGGGAUGGGAGAAAGCGUCCCUUGCUGAAUUUCUGCCCAUCCUUCUACUCCUGUAGCCUGGCCAGGAAAACAAAAACAAUCCAAUCAGUAUCAUUCUUAGGUUGCCAAAGAAAGCAGAAUGUCCCUCAGCCUGUUUGCACAGUUUAUCCAACUGUUUCUCUCUCUCUCUCGCUCGCUCGCUCUCUCGCUCUCUCUCUCUCUCUCACACACACACAAGUUAUGGGGCUAGAAUAUAUAGAUGUUUCUUCCCAGAUGAUAAUAAAAUAUUAUUUUCCCCAAAGAACUGAUUUCACUGAAUAAUGUACACGAAGUGGAGAUACUUCUGAACUUUCUGUUCUGAAAGUUAUCAAGUGCUGCCCCUCCCAAAUUGUUCCCUAGGUAAACUGCAAUAGCCCUUACCUGAAAAACAAAGUGUCCCUUAGUAAAGGCAGAACAAUUUCCCAAUCACCACGUAAUUCCCAAGCUCAUGCCUUUGGAAUCGGAGAAGGGUGGCUUCUAGUUGAGUCUGAACAAGUCUCCUCUCAUAUUUGAAGUACUAGAUGUACUCCAGCAUUACGUUUUAUGCUGAGAACUAAGGCUGAAUCCAGUUUCAUGCUAAGCUGAUACAGUGCAGAAAACUUGAUGCUGCUAUUGCUCCCUGGAUCGUUUUGACAGCCGAGGGGUUUUUUCCCCCUGCUGGUGUUCAAAUCAGCCACUGCAGACAACUGAGUACGCAGCAUAGGCUCCGCUCAGGACACAUGUUUGCACGGGCUGCACUGAAUGACCCACAUCACCCCACAACAAAAAACCUAUGCAGAAUUGUCGAGAUGCAUGGCUUGCGACAGCUGCUUAUUUGGGUUACCUUACCAAACUUCUGCGAAACCACACUGCGCAUGCCUGUGAUGGUGAUCUUUUGAGUCUGCAGUGUCCUCGGCAUUCUACGAUAAGUGUCCAGUCUGCAUAUUAUGGGCAAGCCCCCCAGUUGUGUAGCAUGCAGCAGCCUGAAGCCAUCUUGAGCGAGUCCCUUAACUGUGUGGCAUCUACUACCUUACAGAAAGUACUGGAUGAAUGCCAGGACCUGAGAUCCUGCCAACUCCUUGUCAAUAGUCGGGUUUUUGGACCUGAUCUAUGUCCAGGAAUCACUAAAUACCUCCUAGUCUCCUUUAAAUGCAAACCUACUGAAUAUAAAACAAGAUCAGUGUGUGAAAAUGAAGAAUUGAAACUCCACUGUAAGGAAUCAAAAUUCCUUAACAUCUAUUCUGCCUCAUAUGGCAGGUCUGCUCAAGAGAAGAACAUCUGUUCUACAGAAAUUGGCCACCUCCCUCAGUUUGAUUGCUUUUCCUAUUCAGCUUUAGAAAUAUUAUCAAAGAAGUGUUAUGGAAAACAGAGGUGUAAAGUUAUUGCUAACAAUCAUAAUUUUGGAAGACCGUGCCUACCUGGUGUGAAAAAAUAUCUCAAUGUCAGCUAUGCUUGUGUUCCCAAAUUCAUAUUGGCAGCAGUUGAUCCAAUGGUUACAAACCAAAAUCCUUCUUGGAAACCAAAAGAAGGUAUAAAUGUUGAUCUGAAAGAAUCAAGAUUUCCAAAGAAAGAGGGAAUUAUAGUUAGCAGCAGCUUGGCUACAUUUGCUUACAUUAGAGAUCACCCUGAAAGAGCUGCUCUCUUGUUUGUAUCCAGCGUUUGCAUUGGCCUAGUGCUCACACUCUGUGCACUGGUAAUACACGUGUCAUGCUCUAAUGACUUGGGAAAGUUGCAGAGGAUAAAAAAGCAUUUGGUGGUGGAAGACAAGCAGCCUGACGAACCCAGCGAAAGUGAGGAAGAGGAAGAAGAGCAGGGAGCAGAGUCUUCCAGUUCGGACUUUCCUGAGGAACUAGCAGGCUUCUGCCGGACUUCAUAUGCAGCAUAUUGUUCGGUGGACCCAGCUGAGCUGGCUGAAAGGAUAGAGAGGCGGGAGCAGAUUAUCCAGGAAAUCUGGAUGAACAGUGGUUUGGAUGCAUCACCUACUAGAAGCCUAAGCCCAUUCUAUAUCAAUGAACAACAAUGUGUUUGUUUUGGAUAAUAGGAACUAUUUUUGUAAAACCGAAAAAAGUACCUUCUGAGAAGGAACAUUUGCAAUUCAAUGUCAUAAUUAUUUGCAAAGUUAUAUUAUUAAUAAUUAUUCAAAACCCUUUCAAAUAUUUGAUAGUAUGGCAUAUUCUGAAUCUCUGCCUCCUAAACCACUUGAAUAUUUGCAUACAUUUGCAUUAAGGACAUUGUAUUGAUAAAAUAUGUUGACAAGUCUA